AUGGCCCCCAGCCCCUCGGAGCAGCUCCAGUUAGCACAUGAGGCAGAACAUGCCAGUUGGUUGAGACCUUGCUUUUGUCUAAGAUCAGUUUACUUUUUUUUCCACCAGAGGGAGCACUCUCAUUCUUUUCUUAGUCACCACCUUCUGCAUCUUGGCAAGAUGGAUAUUGAUUGUUGGCUCAGAUUCAAGGGGGUGAAGGGGCGUUGGCAGUGGGUGAAUCUGAGCAUAGGUGAGGGACAUUUUUGCCAAAAUGCCAUGCAUUCUUUGAACGGGGACUUCACGUCAUUCUUUAACAUCUGUCUUGUGUGA